UCCACCGGUCCCAGGCUGGUGCCUCCCGUUGCGCACAGCACGGCACAGUCUCCAACACUGCACACUUCACCGAGCGCGUUCAGGAUUUCUCCAAACCUCAGAACGACUGCUUGGAAAUACAGCUCCAACUUUAAGACUCAAUAUGUUUUAUGUCUGGAUAACAGAGGGUCGGUGACAGGCAGACUCGGGGGAGUUAAGAUACUGCAGGAACAAAGACGAGUCUUGGCUCCCCCUCCCCCGGGCAGUUUUGCGCAAGGUGAUACAGCGGAGGCUUUCUGCUGUGGCUGAUUGACUGGACGGUCGCAUUAUAUGGAUUUCUUCACCAGCUGUCACUUUUGGUGUUACCUAUUAUUCUUUGAGCUCUAGUAAGUUGCUCUACUCUUCCCAUCUCCCCCUCAAACUUCAGUCAGUAGAUCAUUUUGACAGCGGCAGGAUGGGAUCGCAGACUGGAGCAGCUCUGCGCAAACAGACGCUUCUGUGGUUCAUUGUAGCAGUGUCUCAGUGUGUGUCAGCGUUGGGAUGCGGACCCCACUACGAGUAUGCCAUUGAGGAGUUUUGCCUGUCCAAAUUCAGGCUGGACAUGCAAGAGCUGGAUCAGGGACACUGGUGUAGCUGGGAGGACACAGUCGAGAUCUACGGUGACCUGACAAACUGCACAUACCUGGUGGCUUUGAAGAUGGAGUGCUUCUGGCCAAACCGGCUGGUGGACGAGUUCUUCAUCCGAGUCCACAAGCACUACUUCCAUGACUGCGCGCUCUCUGGACGGCUUCCCAUGGACCCACCCAACCGCAUCCUGGGUACCUUUAUUGUAGUGCCCAUCCUGGUCACCCUUCUCAUGACAGCCCUGGUGGUGUGGAGGAGCAAACGCAGUGAGGGGAUAAUGUAGUGAAGGAAAGGAGGGGGUCCAGUUUCACAGGACUCAAGACAAGAGGUACUUUUUUUUGUCCCUAAGGUUGCACUGUUCUCACCCUAAGGGACCAAAGGAUCUCUUUUCCUGAGUGUUUAAUUUCUGGGGAAAGGGUUUCAAUUGCACCAGAAUUAUGGACCUGGAGGAGGAGCUGAAUGAGAUAAAUUUAAAAUCAGAUCCUACUUCAGUGCUUCAACGCAUCUACACCAACACAAAGCCUUUUCAGCUCGGCCCAACAUGGACUGAAAUCAUUUCUUUGCUUCAGAGCAAAGAGGAGCUGAACUGCUCACCUGAAUCUAAUCUGGACCAGAACAGUGACUGGUGGAAAGAUACUGUAAAUAUAUAUGAAAACAAAACAAAACAUCCCUUUAUAGAGAGAAACUGCCUCAAAGAAUUUUGGAUGUGAUUAUAAUUCUACGAAACAAGAAUUUAACAACUGUUUUUGGAGGCCGUGAAAAUAACCACUCUACAGGAACAAAAAGAAGAGAUCUGUUUAUCUGUUUGACACUAUGACAAGGAUACAACAGGACAGUUACUCUGACCUCUCUACUCUGACCCAGGGAUAUCAGAUUGUGUAUAUACAUAUACUGUAAAUAUAUACACAGUAUGUACGACAUGAGAUUAAUCUCUCAGUGGAUUGUCAGAAUGUCUCUGUAACACAAUCAAGACAACAAACCAUAGUACACUAAAUUAAUUUCUCUUAGUUGCAAAUCUUGUCUUUUUGUGUGUUGCAAAGAUAACUGAUUUUAACGGACGUAUAUAAUUAUAUGCUCUGAAUCAUGCAGAUGGGUCGUUGUCAAGUUACAGUGGGAGUAGAAUUAGUUUUCAUUUCCUCUGCUCAUAUCAGACACCCUGGCCUCAUCUCUUGGCGUAGCUGCAGCUCAGUCUCUCUCCUGAAUGAGAAAUGAAGAUGUGUUUUCACUGCAUCAUGCAAACUGGACCAGCUGAAAAAAAAAAAAUUGCAGGAGAUAACAACGUCGCACACCGAAGACUGGCAGAUGUGCUGCACCGGUGACAGACACACAGAGAGACGAUAGCCACGCGGGGGUCGAGGCCCCAAUUUGGAUGAGCUCCAUCCUCCAUCCACCAAGGAAACUAAAAUGAAGAAACGCCACACUGAAUGCCUUUGAAGGCCUACAUACACAGCUAAAAGUCAGCAGACCGCAGACUGUUAAUUAACCAAAAAAAUUCUUACAUUCUUUCUCAUUUUUCACCCUCAAAUGCCUCUGUUAUCCAUGUUGUUUACUGUGUCGAAAGACACUAUCCCGACAAUUACUGCUGUUGAUUUGCACCCAGAUGAAUGAUAACAUGAAGCAUGAAAGAAUGAAAAAGAGAACAAACAGUAAGAAACUCACAGUGGAGAAAUCACAAUUCCAAGUAAAGAGAGAACAUAAAGUGAUGGAUUAAGUCAGCCAACGCACAUCGCUGCUGAAUGUUGCCAUAGCCUAAAGCACGGUUUGUGUAUCAUAGACCUUAGGUUUCUAUUGAUUUAUGAUAUCCUUGUGUGGUAAAGUGUGCCGUGUGAACUGUUUCCUCAUUGAUAUUUUUGAAUGCUCUUUUUCCUUUAUAGAUUCAUUGACCUAUAACCUGCCUGUCAGCAAAACACACUUGAAAACACACCCACACUUCCCCAACAUGCUUUUACUUUGUACUUUGUGCCAAAAGCUCUUGGAAAAUAGAGGGCAUCGUUUGCUAUGAAAUGUCUAAGUUUUUUCGGUGGCGUGACUUCUAAUGAUUGAAUUUUAAAAUCUAUGAUCAUGAAGAAAA